UUUGCAUGUAACUACCUGCAAAUGCGAUCCAUCUCCCUCUCUCUCUUCUGCAUGGAAUAUGGUCCCCUUCUUGUUCUAGCUGCAACUCUAUCUUACAAUAACUAAUCACCCUUUUUAGUCUUUCUUUUCGCACCAACAAACAUCCAAAUUCUAAAAACCUCACUUUAACCAUUCGUAUGUAAUGGUCCAGUCCCGUUUAUUAAUCCUAACAGCUCGAUAUUUCCCCUUCGUUCUCAAAUACCCAUCACUUACUGUUUCUCUUCUUAUUAUUGUUUCUGCUAGUAUUAUUAAUUGUGCCUUGAGAAAUGUGCAUGUCUUUUCUGUGAUUCUAGAUUUUGGUCCUUACUUAAUCCCUUUGAUUCCUUUUCUUUUGUAGACAUUACUGAAAGAAUGUUUGUUUAGAUCUUGUCCUAAGCAUCCUCUAGCUUGUACUACUGCGGCAAUUUCAUGUCAAACCUGAGAUUCUAACAAGAACCAUGCCAUUUUCGUCCUUCUUUCAUAGGGUCUACUUCAUUUUUCCUUGUGAAUGAUGUGGUAAAUUCGGUUAUCCUUUUGAGGUUUAAUCUCUGUUUCUUUACUCUUUCUCUUACUCUCAACCAUAAUAAAAACGUCUGUUAUUUUUCUGUGUAUCAUUCUCAUUCUCAACCUUAACAAAGUCGUUUCCGGCCAGCUAACUUCCCAUUUUAGUAUCACUUUUCUUGUAUAAUUUUUCUCAAUCUGAAACCAAUGAGGAGACACUUCAUGAAAAAACAAUCAUUUAUCAUUGUCUUUCUUCUACUGCCCCUUGUCCUGAAUGUUUCAUGUUUAGGACAACAAACAGAGACUCCGAUGGAGAAAACAGAGAAAGAAUCCUUGUACUCUACUAUUCAAGGGUUUGUGGGUAAUUGGUGGAAUGGUUCAGACCUUUAUCCAGAUCCUUGUGGUUGGACUCCUAUACAGGGAGUAGAUUGUGAUGUCGUCGACGGUUUAUGGUACGUUACAGGAUUGAGCAUAGGUCCUAUCCACGAUAACUAUCCAAGUUGCACUGAAGAUUCAGAGUUCAGAAGUCAUCUCUUCGAGUUCAAGCACUUGAAAACACUCACUUUCUACAAUUGUUUCGUCUCUGCUAACAAUCAUGGUAAAUCAAUCUCUUCUCUAAACUGGGGAAAACUCGGUGGAACCUUAGAAUCUUUAGAAUUCAGAGAAAACCCGGGUUUAACAGGGAGAAUACCGCAAGGUUUUGGUGAAAUAAUGAAACUUCAAUCUUUAGUUCUACUUGAGAAUGGAUUAUCAGGUGCACUACCAAAUAAUCUUGGGAACUUGGUUAGUUUAAGAAGACUCGUUCUCGCCGGUAAUAGAUUUACAGGUGGAAUUCCAGCUAGUUUGGGUAAUCUGACUAAGCUCUUAAUCUUUGAUUCAAGUAGGAAUUAUCUAACCGGCGUUUUGCCGAACACUAUUGGAGGUAUGAAUUCAAUUCUAAAGCUUGAUUUGAGUAACAAUUUUUUAAGUGGAAAGUUACCAAAUGAAAUUGGAAACUUAAAAACUCUCACUCUACUAGAUUUGUGGAACAACAAGUUUUCAGGUGGAUUAACUCAAUCUCUUCAAGAAGUGACUUCUUUAGAAGAAAUGGUUUUAUCUGAUAACCCAAUUGGUGGAAAUCUGAUGGGAUUUAAGUGGGAAAACUUACAAAAUUUGGUGACAUUAGAUCUCUCUAAAACGGGUUUAACCGGAGAAAUUCCUGAAUCAAUUGGAGAGUUGAAAAGAUUGAGAUUUUUGGGUUUGAACGAUAAUAAUCUCAUAGGAAACUUAUCUCCAAAAUUAGCAGAUUUGCCUUCUUUAAGUACUGUCCGUUUGAAUGGAAAUAAUUUCUCAGGAGAACUCAAAUUUUCUAAAUGGUUUUAUGAGAAAAUGGGCAGGCGAUUUGGUGCUUGGAGUAACCCGAAUCUUUGUUAUGCAAUGGAGUUAUUAUCAUCAAGUAAUGUGCCAGUUGGAGUAAAGCCGUGUCGGGAGAAGCUGAGUUAUUUGAAUAUAGAUUCAGGAACUAAAUUGGAUACGAAUGAAAGUGUAGGCCAGACAUCUGGUUCUACAGCAGUCCGAUUAAAAGCAAAAGCUUCAGUACUCUGUUGUACUUUUGAUGGGUCUUGGUGGGAAUUCGGAUUUCAGAAAAUGGUGGUAGUUCUUCUCCUCACGGGCUUCAUCUUAUAGAAGAAGAAUAGAAGUUUCUUAUGGUUGUUUUGCGCGUUAUUUUAUUUUUUUUGUAGCGAAAUCAAAAUAACUAACAUGAAAUGAAUUCGAAAACUAGUUGUCUAAAUAUUUCUAAGAUUUAGUGACACUUUUGUGGUUGUAAUGUAAGAUACUACCCGGUAAUCUGCUCUCUUAUACAGCAUAUAUAUAAUAAAAAAAAAUUAAAAAGA